CUCAUCAUUCUUCCUCCUGCACCUUCCUGAUGCUAAGGCUGAGGAUGAAGUUCUUGGGAAUCUUGUUGCUGUGCAGUUUUGUCUCAGCAGAUUUUCCAGCAAAGACAUUCAAAGUUGAGCUGAAAAGGCCAUCUUCAUACCGUUGGAAGGGCCUCUCAAAAAUCAUAGAUGCUACAGCAGUAAGAACAGCCAUUUCUGACUUAGCGAGGAGGUCCAUUCAGCCAGAGAACAUGUAUUUUCUUGCAAGGAAGAUUGCAGUAAAGGCAUUGUCUCGACUGCCCAAAAGCCAGAAAAAGGAAAUCGUCGGACUGGCAAAGGAGUUGAAAACGGAUAUCGCUGAUAUAAUGCUCUUUAACUUUCUUUAUGAGCGUACAACAUUUAGGGAUGGCACCAGCAUUAUUGCACAAGAUUCUAAUGGGCAUAUUUUUCAUGGAAGAAAUCUUGACAACACGUAUAGUGCUGACUUUAGGAACCUGACGAUUGAAGUCCAGUUUGUUAGGAGGGGCAAGGUUGUCUUCCAAGGAACAACAUUUGUAGGCUACAUAGGCUUAUGGAAUGGAAUGAAGCCUUACAAGUUUGCCAUUACAGCCAACGAAAGAGAUGCAGGAGGCUGGUGGGAAUCGAUGGUUGCUGCCAGGAGUGGAAAUCUUCCUGUAAGCUGGCUUGUGAGAAGAACUUUAGAGCGCUGCAAAGACUAUGACAGUGCACUAUAUAGACUGGUUGGCACUCCACUCAUCAAUGGUGCAAACAUUUUGCUAAGUGGCAUAGAAAAAGAUCAAGGCAUAUCAAUAACUAGAAACAGACUGGGACCCCAGUACAUGGCCAUUUUGAGUAACAAGACCAACACGUGGUACCUGGUUGAUACAACUGCUGAUCCUGGGACAGAUCCUAGCAGGAAAGACACCAGGUCUACAGCACAGAGAUCCCUUGAUGAAACAGGACAGAAGAGGAUUUGUUUAAAUGAGCUGUUCAAGGUUUUGUCUGUUCCAAAAGUCCUCAACCGUGAAACAAUUUACACCACAGUAAUGGAUACCGCUCAGCCUUCUCAGUACAAGUCAAUAAUCAGGACUGGCUAACUUCCACACCGUCGUCAGUCUUCAAGCAGGCUUCAUUGUGAGUAACGUCUGAAGAGGAUCACUCGGGAGCAUUCAUUGCUAGUCUCCAGAAUGGAGUUGCAUGGGAGUAACAGUUGUCGGUGAUUCCAAUGAUGUACAAAGCCUGCUUCCUCUUUCCAGUCCCCAUACUUGGUGAUUUAACAUGCUCCAUACUUUCCACACUGCUUUUUUAUAUUAGCUACCUAACAGUAUUAUAAAGCAAUUUUUGAAUCAAAUCACAGAAUUGCACAUUAUGUUUGCUUCUGCUUGAAUAGAGAAUAAAAAGCAAAUUGCACUGUU